AUGAACAACCCCUACUACGGCGUCCUCUGCGACAGCGUAGCGAACCAGUACCUGAUUGAAAAGUGCGGGUACUCGAUGGACCGAUCGCCACAGGCCGCCAUCAUCGCGCACACUUACUUCGACUAUUUCGGCUCGGUGAGUUACCCGGGCGUCAUCGAGGUCGGGCUCCGCGUAGCAAAGCUAGGAAAGUCCAGUGUACUUUACGAGGUCGGCAUCUUUGCGAAAGGCGAGCCCAUAGUUAAGGCGGUUGGUGGGAGCAUGCAUGUAUGGGUGGCUAAUGAGGGCGGGGUGCUUGGACGGCCGGCCUCCGAGGGCAUGCCCGCGCAUGUGAGGACGGCGUAUGAGGCUUUGAUGGAGCCUGGAACUCUGGGGAAAAGCAAUGGGGAUGGGAAGGGGGAGGAAGGGAAGCGGAAAGCGAAGCUGUGA